AUGUCCUUGAGAGAGAUGGUUUGCAACGCAGGCGCUCAUUUUGUGAAGGUUGUUGAUGAUCUUCUUGAUACGCUUACUGAUGGCGAACAUUCGAGAGCGAUGGCAGAAUUGAAGAAAGGAGACGUGGAGGAUGUGAAACCAAGGGACACGGAGGACCUCUUGGAGUUGCUCUCCGAAGUGGAAUCGCUGGAAAACCUUGGUGUGGACGUUUCUUUCGUAAAGGACAUACGGGAGAAUCUGUCAGUUAGUAAACCGACGGAUCUUCAGGUAGUGGUAUUGUUUCAGAGACGUCUUUUCAUUAGAUCCAUUAUUUUUGUACCUUAUUAUUAUAAGGUCAUAUUAGAAGUGUGUAUUAGCAUCACUACAAGAAAGAAUCCCUGA